AUGCGCAUAAUCGACCUUCAGGGCCGAUGCUUUCUGACUGUUGUUGCUUGCAUGCUGGGGUUUAAAUAUAAAAUGGCGUCCAGUGCCAUGAUGGAAGGCGUGAAAAAAGGUGUAGAAGUGGGUGUCCAGAUUGAAGAAGCCCUCGAAGACCUUCUUGUUGUAUCCUUCCAUCACGGACGUCGUAUUUUUCGAGGUGUCUUGUUGGACACAUCGAAAAGGGAUGGACCAUUUGGCAUCCCAUCGGGGAAGUUAUCGUCUUUAAAAGCCGAAAUGAAUUUUGAAACUGACAGGCAAAAUCUUGGCCAAACAGUACAAAUAGACAAUAAUCCGUCAGAAAAUGGAAAACGCUGGGAACACUCUGCUAUUAGUUUUCGACAGACGUAUGGUCAGAACUUACCAAUUCCUGCACCCAGGCCUAUUUUGAAACCUAACAAGAUCCCAUCAAAGGAUAUAAAAAAUAAAUACCAAAGAACUAGGCAUAUUAGACUCAGGCCAAGACAGGCACUGUGCUCCAAAUGCAAAGGAGCUGUCAACCCAAACAGUGUGGUUGGACCCAGAACUUGCAAGACUGCUGCCAAACCUGCAACCUAUAAUACCACACAAACCAACACACCAAAAGUUCAAGUAAGAAAGAGGAAAGCCGUAGCAACAAAUGGUAAACCAAAAGAUACUAAACGCAUGAAAAUGAAAAGGAGAGAAAACAAAGUAGAAACGCAGACAAUAACUAAAACUAGUCCUUUGAUCAAGAUCUCUUUUGCUACGCCACAUGGUAAAGGAAGGGUGAUUAAAAUUCCACCCAGAACACACACAACUAUCAAACCUAGUAAUUCAUCCAGACUAAAUCAUAAUAAUCACAAGAAAGCACUAAAAAAGACAAAUGACACGUUUCAGUUGAAGAGAUCAACGCCUUCGUUGAUGAACGGAGUUCAUGUGAAAUUGCAAAAUUGUAUGCCACGAACAAUGUCUACAGGGAAGGAAACUAAGCAUAAAUCAAAAAAUGAUGUUGUUGACAAAACUCAUAAUACACCAAUAGUACGCCAGCCGUAUGUACCUUAUGACUUUGAAGACUCAGAUUCAGAGUCAAUGGUAUCAUCAGAUAGGCUAGCAGAAGCAAGAACCACCAUGUCAAAGCCAUAUGUUGACACUAGCAAUAACCGACUAAUUCUUAGGACUUCAAAGUUUAAAACAAAAGAAGUUAAGGAGAAGAAAUCUUUGUCACAUGUGCUAGCUAGUUUGCCAACUCAACGAAACAAAAACUCUGAAGAUUCAGUGAUCUCGAUUAGUAGUACCAGUGACCAGUCUGCGACAUCGUCACAAUCUCCAUCAGUUAGAAGUAGUAUCGGUACUGAUCACUACGAUUUUGCUGUGGUACCCUGCUCAGAGAAAAAUGUAGAGCAGGGUCUUGAACAGGAAAAUAAACCGCGGCCGGCACUAACAGUGCGAAUUCAUAAAAAGAAUGUUACAAAGUGCACCACAGAGACUGGGAAAACAACUUGUGUUGGGGAUAUUGUGUGGGGAAAAAUACAAGGUUUUCCCUGGUGGCCUGGCAGGGUCAUCUCUAUAACUGUUAGCAGAAAUGAUACUGGAACAGUUUUUAAUCAGGAAGCCAGAAUUGCAUGGUUUGCAUCCUCCACAACAUCGUCUAUGUCCUGCGCACAACUACACCCCUAUCUGGAUAGCUUCCAGAAGAGACAUAAGAAAAAGAAAAGGGGCCCAUAUAGAGAGGCCAUUAAAGAAGCGUCUCAGGCUUGCAAAGAUUUAUCACGAGAAGUGAAGCAACUGAACACCAUGUUUGAAGUAUCCUAA